AAGAAAAGAGGAUUGAAACCCAUUUAUGUGGUUUCCCGUUUCUAAGGUUGUGAGAGAAAAUCUCGGCACGACUGAUCCAACUCCCACAUGAUUUUUCCUCAUGUGGGUGUAGGAGAUUGGGGUCGGUAGUUUCAUGGGUGGAUCAAUGCAAGGUUGUUGGUGCGUCCCGCUUGAGGGCAGGCGACUGCAACAAGACUUUUUUUUUCCACACAACCUUGAUCGUGAGAGCUUCCUUUGCUUUUUUGUCUUCUAUGUUUAUCAUAUCAUUUCCCGUUACUUCGUUAUGGCUCCCAAAGACAAGAAGAAACCCGCCGAGAAGAAGCCCGCUAAGGAGAAGAAAUCGAUGAUUGUGGAGAAGGCUCCAGCCGAGAAGAAGCCCAAGGCCGGAAAGAAGCUCCCGAAGGAAGGCGAAGCCGGCCCCUCAGACAAGAAGAAGAAGCAGACCAAGAAGAGUGUUGAGAGCUACAAGAUCUACAUUUUCAAGGUGCUUAAACAGGUCCACCCCGAUAUCGGGAUCUCCAGCAAGGCCAUGGGGAUCAUGAACAGCUUCAUUAAUGAUAUCUUUGUGAAGCUCCCCCAAGAGGCUUCCCGGCUCGCGAGGUAUAACAAGAAGCCCACCAUCACCUCUCGAGAGACCCAAACCACAGUGCGUCUCGUGCUGCUUGGUGAACUUGCCAAGCACGUCAUUUCUGAUGGGAUCAAAGCGGUCAGCAGGUUUACUAGCUCUUAGACAUAGGUGGUGUCGAUUGAUGAUGGACUUGCUGGUUUUUUGUGUUGAGGGUUAGGGUUCAUAGAUUAAUUUAUUUAAUUCCUCUAUCUUUUGUCUUCUUUUGUUUUUGGUUUUUUGUGUUGAGGGUUAGGGUUCGUAGAUUAAUUUAUUUAAUUCCUCUAUCUUUUGUCUUCUUUUGUUUUUGGUUUUUUGUGUAGAAGUUGUAUCUACUUGAUCCCGUUUAUCUGUAAGGUAGAAAUGAAUUCAAUAGCUUUUUGGCUCCCUGCAUAA